GAAAAAUAUGAGAAGAUGAGAUGGGAAAGCAUCCCUUCCUGCUGCUGCGGCCUCGCUCUCAACUCCACCCCCUUCGCUGCCCUGCUCCAGUCGUGCAUCCACUCCAAUUCGCUCCGGGGCUGCCGCCGGGUCCACGGCCGCCUGCUCAAGACGCCCUUCUCCUCGGAGACUUUCAUCGGCAACCGCCUCAUCGACGCCUACGCGAAAUGCGGCAGCUUGGAGGACGCCCGCAAGCUGUUCGACGCGAUGCCCCAGCGAAACGUCUUCACCUGGAACAGCUUGAUCGCCGCGCUCACCAGUCGGGGAUUCCUCCACGACGCAAGGCGGCUCUUUGAGUCGAUGCCCGAGCCGGACCAGUGCUCCUGGAACUCCAUGGUGUCCGGCUUCGCCCAGCACGACCGCUUCGCGGAGGCGCUGGAGUUCUUCGUCUCCAUGCACGCCGACGACUUCCUGCUCAACGAGUAUUCAUUUUCUAGCGCCCUGAGCGCCUGCGCGGGGCUCGCGGACUCGAGAAUCGGCGCGCAGAUCCACGCUUCGAUCUCAAAAUCCAAUCUUGCCGACGGCGUCUACAUGGGCAGCGCUCUCAUCGACAUGUACGCAAAGUGCGGCAGACCGUCGGACGCCCGCAGAGUGUUCGACGGAAUGGCGCGAAGGAACGUCGUAUCAUGGAACAGCCUGAUCACAUGUUUCGAACAGAACGGUCCCCAGAACGAAGCACUGGUGCUGUUCGUGAGAAUGAUGGAGAAUGGAGUAGCGUACGAUGAAGUGACUCUCGCCAGCGUGGUCAGCGCCUGCGCAAGCCUGUCGGCUCUCAGGGAAGGCAAGCAAGUCCAUGCUCGGGCGAUCAAGUGCGAUGAACACAGGCAGGAUUUGGUGCUGAGCAACGCUCUUGUCGAUAUGUAUGCAAAGUGUAGAAAGAUCGGCGAGGCAAGGAGCGUUUUUGAUCGAAUUCCCGUCAGGGAUAUCGUUUCGGAGACGUCGAUGAUCAGUGGAUAUGCAAGAUCCUCAAGCGUGGAAGAAGCACAAUCUGUAUUCAUGGGGAUGUUGGAGAAGAACAUUGUGGCUUGGAAUGCACUGAUUGCAGGGUACACUCAAAAUGGGGAAGAUGAAGAGGCACUCAACUUGUUCCUCCAGCUGAAGAGGGAAUCGGUCUGGCCGACGCAUUACACAUUCGGAAACAUACUCAACGCGUGUGCGAAUCUAGCGAAUCUUCGACUCGGGCAGCAAGCUCAUGCGCAUGUUCUGAAACAUGGAUUUCGGUUCAAGGCAGGGCCCGAAACCGACAUCUUCGUUGGGAAUUCGCUCAUCGAUAUGUAUCUUAAGUGUGGGUUGAUCGACGAUGGGGGCAAAGUAUUCGACAGGAUGGUCGCGAGGGAUGAGGUGUCUUGGAAUGCCAUGAUCGUUGGGUACGCGCAAAAUGGGCGUGGCCGGGAUGCCCUUUGUUUGUUUGGAAGAAUGCUUGCAUCCGGGAAGACCCCUGAUCAUGUAACGAUGAUCGGUGUUCUAUCCGCUUGCAGCCACGCAGGAUUGGUGGAGGAGGGCCGCGUAUAUUUCCAUUCGAUGACCGAUGAAUAUAGUCUGAUUCCGUCGAACGGUCACUACACGUGCAUGGUCGAUCUGCUAGGCCGAGCAGGGCAUCUCGAAGAGGUGGUGAAGAUCAUAAGUGAGAUGCCAAUGGCUCCUGAUUCUGUGCUAUGGGCUUCUUUGCUCGCCGCAUGUAGGAUGCAUUGUGACGUCGAGAUUGGAGAAUGGGCGGCAAACAAGCUGUUCGAACUCGACCCGAGCAAUUCGGGGCCGUAUGUUCUUCUAUCGAACAUGUACGCCGAGAAGAAGAGAUGGCGAGACGUUUUACGGGUCCGGAGGCUAAUGAGGACGAGAGGUGUGAUCAAGCAACCAGGGUACAGUUGGAUAGAAAUAGGAAGCAAGGCUCAUGUGUUUCUGGCAAAAGAUAAAAGACACCCAUUUAGGAAAGAAAUUUAUGGAAUUCUAGAGGUUCUUAAAGUUCAAAUGGAUAAAUUAAACACAAAUGUAGAUCUUUAUGAUUAUUUCUUCAAUUCUUGAAGAUUUUGCUGAAAUGUUAAAGAGUGUUCUUCUGUUUCAAAGGUGUAUAUAU